AUGGCGUACCGUCUCAGAAGCCCCAGUCACAUUAGCAUAUUUCUCUUGAUUGUGCUUGUUUGCGUUUACAUAUAUGAUAAGCAGUCUACGAAUUUACGAUCGUCAAUCCUUCAGUUUUCGGUCAAUGAGCAGAAGCCUUCUGCAGACAUCCUCCAGUCACUUUCACUGUCAGAGGACCAAUGCCGCGCAGCUUUCCCAGGCUUGACGAAAGAAAUCGAUGAUGCAGUGGCUCGAGGACCAUUUCCUCUGAAGAGACAGCCAGACCACCAUACUGGGCUUGUGCAAGGGAGAAUAAAGGAUGGAAAGGUAUUCAUCAUUUCGGCGGACCCGAAUCCCUCCCGGAACAUGCUCCAGGAGCGAACUUCAGUCUUGCACCAAAUCCACCGUGCAAUUGCUACUUCUCCCUCGCCUCUCCCGAACACUAUUUUCGCCUUCAAUAUACUCGAUACUCCAAUGAAUAACUCAUGGACAUUCUCAAGAUCGAACGACCCUAAAAUCAAAAACGGAAAUUACUGGGUUAUGCCGCACUUUAGUUUCUGGUCGUGGCCGGUUUCCUUUAUUGGAACCAUCGAUCAAGCGAUGUCGAAGAUUGAUCGUAUAGAGAUGGAUAAACAUUGGACCGAGAAAAUUGACAAAGCGGUAUGGAGAGGAACGGGAUGGUUCAAUACCGUCGGAAACAAGGACUCUCGACCAAGCUUGGUUCUCAAGGGUAAAGAUAAAGAAUGGGCAGAUAUAGAAGCUCUUAAUUGGACCACAAACGGCGAUAGUGCCGAAAAUGCUAUCGGAAUAGAGGAUUUUUGCAAGUAUAAGUAUAUUGUUUACACUGAGGGCAUAACCUACUCUGGGCGUCUACUUUUCCAUCAGGCAUGCGCUUCCGUUAUUCUCACACCACCACCGACCUAUUUACUUCACCAAACACACUUUAUGCGUCCCAUAUUCUCAAAAACAUUCCUCCCGACACGUGAAGUGUCUGCCAAAUUUGAAUAUGACUGGACAACUCGUUGGCCCAACACCUAUGGACUAAGUGAAGCGAACAUUAUAUUCGUUGAACCCGACUGGUCAGACCUCGAGGAAACGAUUAUGUACUUGCGAAACCGUCCUGAGAUAGCUACUGGUAUUGCCGAAAGACAAAGGCAACUGUUCACAAGAUACUUGUCCCCAGCCUCUGAGACUUGUUACUGGAGAGCUCUCAUACGUGGUUGGAGUAAAGUUGCUGAACCUUAUUAUGAAGAUGGUGGUUGGGCUAGGUGGGAUGCAGAAGGUGUUGAAGAUGGCGAAGGAAUGAGGUGGGAGACAUUCAGUCUACUUGGUAAAGUACCCCAGAACUGA